AACUAGCUAUUUGAUACCCCUAUUCAUUGGCAACUGUAUAGUAAAGGUAUAAAAGAAAACACUUCGAUUUCUAAGAGCAUUCGACUACUCUUAUUGGUAUCGAGACGAUCAUAUUCAAGAUGCGUACACUCCUUUUCGUCCUUAUUGGCCUCGUUGCCGUAUAUGCAGCACCAGCUGCUGAGCAGAAUGAUAUGGAGGAGAUGGUAGCAAAGCUUGAUACAGAGGGAUACUUGUCCCCUGUGGAUGUUGAUGAUGAAGAAGAGGUUCACAUGGCAAAGAGACUGGUCUCUGACGAGACCCUUGAACAAUUACUUUUGGAGAAAAUGGAAUUCAUCUUCAAGAUUCUCGGACCUCUUGCACCCGCACAAGUUAAAACUGCCAUUAGAAAUAUUGUCAACGAGAGAAAAUCAGAGAUCGUCCAAGCCCUUAAGCAGGGUGGAGCUGCUCUCUUCAACAUUCUCGUCCAAAUCUGGAGGAACGCAUUGAUGGGUGGUCUACUUGGAUAAAAAGUUUAAAAAACUUUCAAAAUGAUAGUAGUUUUAUUAAAAUCUAUUAUUAAUAUUAUUAUGUAUUUAAUUAAUUCUUAAAACUGAA